AUGGAUGUUGUAGGAUCUGCAGGUGAGCCGGGAGCCCCAGGUGAGGAAGGAGAUGCAGGUGAGGAAGAAGCUGUAGGUGUGGUAGGAGCUGCAAGUGAGGCAAGGCUUGCAGAUGUGGCAGGAGGUGUAGCUGCGGAAGAAGCCUGGAUCCAGCAAUGGAGUCAGGCCCUGCAGCCUGUGCUGGAAAAUAUGGCCUACCAGCAACUGAGAACCUUUUCUGGGAUGGAAGAGCCAGGCCACGGGGAUGAGUCCUUUGAGAGCUGGCUGGACCAUGCCCAUGACAUGCUAUACCUAUGGCGACACGUAUCAGAAAGGGAGAGGAGGAGAAGGCUGGUGGAGAGCCUGGGUGGCCCUGCACUGGAUCUUUUGUGUGGCUUCCUGAGAGAAAACCCCAAGGUCACUGUGCAGGACUGCCUGGCCCCACUGGUUCACGUUUUUGGGAACAAGGACACUGAGAUGACUGUGAGGCUAAAGUUCAUGACUUGUGCUCAGCAGCCCCAGGAGACUCGCUUUGCCUACGUGAUGCGCCUGGAAGUCCUGCUGCAGGCGGCCAUGGAGAAGGGGGCCAUCCCACCCUCCGUGGCAGACCAGGUGCGUGCCCGGCAGGUGCGGAUGUGGGCCUGUCCCAAGGACACGCUCUGGAACAUGCUGAGGACGGGGCCAGAGAGGAGAACGCCUGACUUCCUGGGGAUGCUUUGGCUCAUUCAGGAGGUGAAGGCAUGGGAGGCCGCCCCGGCUAUAAACCAGCAGUUCCAAGGGGAAGAAGGGGGCUGUGUGCACACCGGAGACCUGGAUGCUGCCCAGCUCACCCCAGCCCGUGAAGGGGCUGCCCACGCUGCCCCAGCCCGUGAUGGCGAGGCCGCUACAGCCCCUGAAGAUACUUCCCAGGGUGUCCUUUCCAAGGAAGAUAGUGCCGAGGCCACUCCGGCCAAUGCAGUGGCCAGUGAGGCAGGUCCUGGCACUGCCGAUCCUGAUGGGGCUGCUUCUGAAACCGGUGGUGCCACCACGGCGGUCCCUGCCCUUGAGGAGACCUCCUCUGCCACUCAGCGAGGUGAAAAUGCUCUGGCUCCUGCAGGCCUAGGUCAGGCAGGACCCUCCCCUGCCCGUAUGGGCAGCGCUUCUGGGGUGGGCUCAAGAGGUCUUGGCGGUGAGCCAGAGGGCCAGGCCCAGGCAGGAGACCAGGAGGCCCAGGAGCCCCGCGAGGAGGGGCUCAAGCCCAUCCCGGAGGAGUUGGGAAGUGAGGACAGGGCUGGGGAGAUGAGUUCCCCUGAGCCCUCCUCCAGCAAAUAG